UUAGGGGUUGAAGUUAGAUUGAGAUUAGCGUUAAGGUUAGAUUAGAGUUAUGGUUAAACUCACGAAUGAGGAUUAGGGAUAUAUUUGGGUUAGCGUUAGGGUUAGCGCGCUUAUGUUAGGGUUAGGCCUCGGGUUAGGAAUCAAGGUUUGUUUGAGUUAGGUUAGAAAUUAAGGCUAUAUAUGAGUCUCCGUUGCCCAUUGCUUAUGAUUCUCACAGAGUACGAGCUCUACUCUACCUGCAUGCUAUAGCACUGUCUCGCUGUCUUCCUCCACAGGUGUUUGUCAUCGUCUCCAUGGUGAUGGAGCUGUUCGGAUUGCUAGGCCUCAUGGGAAUCAAGAUGUCUGCUAUUCCGGCAGUGAUUCUCAUCACGGGGAUGGGCCUGGGUGUCGAAUUCACAGUGCACGUCUGUUUGGGUUUCGUGACGAGCAUCGGCAGUCGUAACCGGCGCAUGCGCAUCACGCUCGAGCACAUGAUGGCGCCCGUCGUGCAUGGUGCCAUCUCCACGUUACUCGGAGUCCUCAUGCUCGCCUUCUCCGAAUUCGACUUCAUCGUCAGGUAUUUCUUCUACACGCUGGCGUCGCUCAUCGUUCUCGGUCUCGUUAACGGUCUGCUCAUGCUGCCCGUGCUGCUAUCUAUCGUCGGCCCGCCCGCCGAGCUCGUACCACGUGACGACCCCAACAAGAUCCACGCGCCGACGCCCGAGCCGUCGCCGACGACGCGCACGCGGCAGCCGACGACCCACGCCGCCGCCGCCGCUGCUGCUGCUGCUGCGCGGGCGUUCAGCAGACGCGCGGCGUACCCGCGCGCCAACAGCGACAUCUCGCUGUCGACUAUCACGGAGGAGCCGAUGUCCUACCAGUCGUCGCAUGAGAUUGUGCUCGAGCCGGAGGUGGUCGUUACGACGUCCUACCCAGCCGCUGCUGCUGCUGGGGGCAGGACGCAGGGGAUCGGUAUGACGGUCUCGAGCAAUAGGAAUUGUUCAGAUGAAGGAUUCGUUCAGAACCUUGAUGGUAGGUAA